CAGGGUAUCCGGGGAGAGCGGUGAUAUAGUGAAUGCAGGGUGAAUGAGGAGAGAAGCGGAUAUAGUGAAAUGCGGGUCCUACCGGGGAGCGCGGAUAUAGUGAAUGCAGGGUCCGGGAUGAGAGCGGAUAGAUAGUGAAUGCAGGGGGUACUGAGGAGAGCGGAUAUAGUGAAUGCAGGGUCCGGGGAGAGCGGUUAUAGUGAAUGCAGGGUCCGGGGAGAGCGGGGAUAUAGUGAAUGCAGGGGUCCGGGGAGAGCGGAUAUAGUGAAUGCGGGGUCCGGGGAGAGCGGAUAUAGUGAAUGCAGGGUCGGGGGAGAGCGGAUAUAGUGAAUGUGGGGUCGGGGGGGUUGGAGAGCGGAUAUAGUAAAUGCAGGGUCCGGGGAGAGCGGAUUAGUGAGAAUGCAUGGGUCCGGGGAGA